AUGUUCAAAUACAUCACAGUUGUACUCGCCAUCUUUGGUUCAUCAGCUUUGGCUGGUAAUUUACUUGGAGCACCAAUUGCUCUUAGUGCAGCCCCAGCUGCCAUUUCUACAAGCAGUGGAAUUGUACGAUCCCAACCAGCUUUACUAAGUGCACCAGCUUUAGCUCCAGCACCAAUCGCACUUAGUGCUCCAGCUUUAGCACCAGCUCCAUUGGCUCUUGGCGCUCCAGGUUUGUUGGCUCCACGUACCAUCAUCUCAUCAUCUGGUUUUAUUGGUGCACCAGCUUUAGCCCCAGCUCCAUUAACCCUUGGUGCUCCAGGUUUGUUGGCUCCACGUACUAUUUUAUCAUCACCAGCUGUUGGUAUUGCUGCUCACCCAGCACCACUUAUCCGUUCAUCAAUCUGGUAA